AUGGAGACAUCUGGCCCUGUGGCAGGUAUCAUGGUGACUCUCUGCUGCUGCCUCCUGAGCUCGGCGUGGGCUCUGGUUGAUCCCGAUGAUGUUCUCACGAAAGAAGAGCAGAUCUAUCUCCUGGUGGAGGCCAAGGAAAAGUGUCAGAGGGACAUAAAGGCCCAGCUGGAGAAGAUCAAAGACCCCAGCUGCCCUCCAGAGUGGGACGGGAUCAUCUGCUGGCCAAGGGGCUCCCCCAGCCAGGAGGUGUCAGUGCCUUGCCCUGACUACAUCUACGACUUCAACCACGAAGGCAAGUCUUGCACCGAGGCAGACAGAGACCUCACCCUGGUGACAAUCCAUGGAGCAGGGACAGGUCUGGGCUUCCCGCGGCUCCUUCUGCUGCCACAGUGCUUGUUGCUGUUCCCAGGUCACGCCUACAGGUACUGCAGUGCCUAUGGCACCUGGGCCAUGGCUCUCAGCAUCAACAAGACCUGGGCCAACUACACCGAGUGUGCCCUGCUCUUCUCCUCCGAGAGCCGGAGCCGCCAGAAGGAGGUGUUUGACCGCCUGCACCUCAUGUACACCGUGGGCUAUUCCAUCUCCCUGGCCUCGCUCAUUGUCGCUGUCUGCAUCCUCUCCUACUUCAAGCGCCUGCACUGCACACGGAACUACAUCCACGUCCACCUCUUCACCUCCUUCAUCUGCCGGGCCCUCAGCAUCUUCGUGAAGGACAUGGUGCUCUACUCAGCGCCCAGUGACACCAACAGGAUGCGGGAGGACGAUUUCAGGGGUCCUUUGCCAGGACAGCAGGGCCACCUGGUUGGCUGCAAGGUGGUGGUGACUCUCUUCCUCUAUUUUCUGGCCACCAACCACUACUGGAUCCUAGUAGAAGGUCUCUACCUGCACAGCCUGAUAUUCAUGGCCUUCCUCUCCAACAAGAACUACUUGUGGGUCCUCAUCAUCAUCGGUUGGGGUCUUCCUGCUGUGUUUGUGUCUGUCUGGGCCAGCGUCAGGGCCUCGCUGGCGGAUACACAGUGCUGGGACCUCAGUGCAGGGAACAUGAAGUGGAUUUAUCAGGUCCCCAUCCUGGCUGCUGUCGUGGUGAACUUCUUCCUCUUCCUCAACAUCGUCCGGGUCUUGGCCUCCAAGCUCUGGGAGACCACCAUGGGCAAGCUGGAUCUCCGGCAGCAGUACAGGAAGCUGCUCAAGUCCACGCUGGUGCUGAUGCCGCUUUUCGGAGUCCACUACGUGGUGUUCAUGGCCAUGCCCUACACCGAGGUCUCCGGGCUCCUGUGGCAGAUCCAGAUGCAUUAUGAGAUGCUCUUUAACUCCUCCCAGGGUUUCUUUGUGGCUUUCAUCUACUGCUUUUGCAAUGGGGAGGUGCAGGCCGAGAUCAAGAAAGCUCAUUUCCGGAGGCUCCAGGCGCUGGACUUGGGGCAGCGGGCGCGCCCCGGGAGCUCCCAGAGCUGCAGCACGAGCCUGGCGGGGCGGGGAGCGGGGGGCACCCGGGGGCUGCGCCUGCCCGGCUACAUCCCCAGCUCCGGCACCUCGGACCAGCUCCUGCCCUGCCCCGGGCAGGAACUGAGCCAGAAACCCCGGGGGGAAAACACGGUGGAUCUGACAGGCCUGGCUCAGUGUCACCCCAAGCCCAACAAGGAGCUGGAGACGAUGCUGUGA